AAUAGAACUAAAUCUCUCACACAGACAAACCUAUCAAGAAGAAUGAAGAUAGUUCUGGGCAUCUUCUUUUGUUUAUCACUGCUCUCUCUCUCCCACGCUUCUGUGGUAGAUUUCUGUGUGGCAGAUUACACAGCUCCCAAUGGCCCUGCAGGCUACUCAUGCAAGAAGCCUGCACACGUGACAGUGAAUGACUUUGUCUACUCUGGCCUUGGCACUGCUGGCAACACCUCAAACAUCAUCAAAGCUGCAGUGACUCCAGCAUUUGAUGCUCAGUUUCCUGGUGUCAAUGGCCUUGGCAUUUCUGUUGCACGUUUGGACUUGGCACCCGAUGGGGUUAUCCCACUCCACACACACCCUGGAGCCUCAGAACUGUUGGUUGUUGUAGAGGGUCAAAUCUGUGCUGGAUUCGUUGAUUCCGGCAACAAUGUGUACCUCAAAACCCUCGAAAAGGGUGACAUCAUGGUGUUCCCUCAGGGCUUGCUGCACUUCCAAAUCAACUCUGGUAAGUCUCAGGCUUUAGCUUUUGUGAGCUUCAGCAGUGCCAACCCUGGCCUCCAGAUUCUCGACUUUGCUUUGUUCAAGAGUGACUUCCCCACUGAACUCAUCACCCAAACCACUUUCAUUGAUGCUGCUGUGGUCAAGAAGCUCAAGGGUGUUCUUGGAGGAUCAGGUUAAAUUCAAGUCUUACGGAUUUGUCCAUGAAAAAAUCUAGGAGUAUGUACUCAAGGGUUUCUGUCAUUUUUGUUAAAUUUAAUUAUUUCUGUGAUUUUCGUUUAGGAUCUAGCGUCCUUGCAUGCAUGUAAAAGCAUGCACGAGGUUCUUCUUCUUUAGCAGGUUUUGUUAACCAGACCAGCAGUGAUUUGGUUUCGGUUAUAUUGUUAGUUUCUUCUUGUCAAGUCAAGUAAUUAAGCUUCUUUGAGGCUGAUCACUACCAACUUCAGAAAUUUCUGCUACAAGAUCAAUAAAUGUUUGAUAUUUUCUGCCA